UUUCACCUCCUCUCCUUCUCUUUCCUUCUCCUCACCUGUCCGGGAACUCCAUCACCGGGCGGGCGGAGGACCGGCGAGCGAGGACGGCGCCAUGGUCCAGGUGGCCGCAGCGACGUUUCCGAUUCUGGGCAUUGGUCUCUUCUUGGGCGGCGGACCGAAGCUUUGGAAAGAAGUGGUUUGCCCCAUCAUCGUCUCUCUAUUGAGUACCAUCAUCUCGCUCGUCGUCCUCUUCUCAGCUGCCUUGGAGCCACAAGCAUCAGCGCUGAUCAAUGCAAGGUGGCCAGGAUGGAUCGCCUGGAUUUCAGCCAUCCUUCUGGUCCUGGCUGAGACUGCUCUGGUGAACAUAAUCCUCAUGCUGGUUCUCUUCGGUUGCGUCCAGUCGAAGCUUCACCGGGCCAUUCUGGAAGAGAAGGGGAUCAUGGAGCAGUUGAGGACGGAAUGUGCUCAGGAGGGGAGAAGCCUUCCUGAGGUGAACUGCGCCAGGGAUUUGGGGCACAACAUCCUCUUCCUCUUGGGCAGGAUUCCCUUGAUGAUCAUCACACUGCCACUUCACGGCAUUCCAGUACUUGGCCAGGUGGCCUGGGUCCUUCUGAAUGGCUGGAUCUACUCAUGGGAGCUCGAAGCGGAGUUUAUGGUCUUUGCUCGCAAUCUGCAUGGAUGCAAGCAGCAGUGGCGCUUCAUCAAGCCGCGCUGUGGAGCUUUUGUAGGCUUUGGCGCGGUGGCGAUGGCUCUUGAAUUGAUCCCGUUCGUGGGCCCCUGGAUCUUCUUCGCGUCGAACGCCUGCGGUGCCGCCGUGAUGUCCGAGCAGUGGUUCAAGGAAACGCACACCCGCAAUGGCACGGUCUGGACGAAGAAGCCAAAUCUUCAUGCUUCUGCAGUGCUAGGCUGUUCAAGCUCUGAAGAGACGACUCAAACUGAUGCGAGCAACCCGAUUUAGUGGCCAAUCAUGUGAGGAACCAAUCGACCUGGCCAAAAGCCCAAAAAGG